CAGAGGGGAAAACCGAUGUCAAUUGAGCUUGACUGCAACGUUUGAAAAAGGACAGAGAAAUCUCGCUUUUCCCCUCAGAUAGAUAGGACCAGCACCAUGGUAAAGCUGGUUUAUGCUGUUCUGUUUGGCUGCGUUAUGGUAGUAGGUCUGCCUCUUAAUGCUGUGUCACUGUGGAUUCUGUUGCACCGCCACAACCUCAAAUCACCCAAUGUUGUCUUCAUGGUUAACCUGGCAAUCUCAGACCUGCUGCUCGUCAUCUCCUUGCCACUGAGGGUCUACGUUUAUGCCACAGGUACGUGGCCACUGAGUACUACGGCAUGCACCUUGGUCACAAUUCUCUUCCGCAGCAACAUCCGCUCCAGCUUCAUCUUCAUCACCUUCAUCAGCGUGGACCGGCUGCUGGCUGUGGUUUAUCCCCUGAAGUCACGCCAUCUUCGAACCUCGUCCAACGCCUGGAGAGCUGUUGCGCUCAUUUGGAUGUUUAUUUUGGUGUCGAACAUCCCAGAGGGACUGGCCUCUUCAAGAAUUCCAUGCAACAACAGUGAGCCUACGUGUUUUGAAUUUUGCCGGCAUCCUCGUCGACCACCAGUUUAUUUUCAGACUGUGUUGGUGUUCGCCAUGCUGGCGGUCAAUGUUGCGUGCACUGCGCUGGUGACUUGGACUCUUCGCAGGAAUCUGAAUGAGUCUGUAAGGGUCCAUAACAAGAUCAUUCGAUUACACCUUUGAUAUGGCUUGCAAUAAUGAACUGCUGUCUGGAUCCAGUGUUGUAUUACUUUUCUUUGGGUGCCUUCUGGAAGAAAGAAGAGGAUGUAGAUCUUGCAAGAGAACAAUAGACAAAGGACAU